UAUUCACGUUGGUUCACCGUUUACGGUUCAAUUAAUAUUACGAUCGAAGCACGAUAAGAAAUCUUGUUUCGGUCGUGCAUUGGAAUACCUCAGAGCUCGUUACAAUAACGUAAAUAUAGAAGUGCAAUAUUCGCGUUUCGACUGACAUGGUGCAUCUCCAGUAAUCAUAAUGAAAGACUCGGAAUUGAUAGUACAAGGAGCAGAGGCACGUCUCUAUAAGGGACUCUAUUUAGGAAGGACAUGCAUGAUGAAGGAGAGAUUCGUAAAGAAUUACCGACACCCAGAACUAGACGCUCGUCUCACCAAGGAUCGCAUCAGAGCCGAGGCUCGCGCCAUUAUCCGGGCGAAGUCCGCAGGAAUAGCAACGCCGGCUUUAUAUUUAGUAGACUUGGAGCGACGCAGAAUUUACAUGGAAUACAUAGAAAACGCCACAGUGCUGAAAAACUUCAUAGAUGAGAAUAUUUCGGGAAAAAUAGAUAUGGUUCAUUUGCUAGAUUUCAUAGGACGUGGACUGGGCACAGUAAUAGCUAAGUUGCACUCGAAACAUAUUAUCCAUGGCGAUUUGACCACAUCAAAUAUACUGCUCAAGAACAACUCAAUCGAGUCACUCUAUAACAAUCCAUCAGGAGCCGAGGCACAGUUUGUAAUGAUUGACUUCGGAUUGGCCCGAGUGGAUUCCACACUAGAAGAUAAAGCCGUCGAUCUAUACGUUCUCGAGCGAUCGCUACUUAACGCGCAUUGCGAAGUGCCGGAAUUGUUUUCCCGUGUUUUUCAUUACUAUCAACAGCAUUAUCAAAAUAAAAAGCAAUAUGAGCAAAUACUCGCUAAAUACAAGCAGGUACAAGCGCGGGGACGUAAGCGCUUGAUGGUAGGCUAAAGCAAUGGAAACGCCGCUGAAAUUUAUAUUGUAAAGUUCUAAGGAAAAUAUGAAUCAUACAAAUGUAUUUUUAUAAUAUUACGAAACGUCUUUUAGUAGAGAUUAACUCAAGUGAGAACGAAACAAACGAGUUUUGCAAAAAUUCGAUUGCAAUUAAAGUGGUUAAAAUUAUAUAAGAUACAUAGUUUGAGAAGGUAAGAAGGUCUUUCUUUUCUUUAUACACAGAUAAAUCAUAUUUGUAUGUAAUAAUAUGUAACAGUAUAUGAAAAAAGUCAAUAUAUAACAGUAUCUAUUGUGAAGGAAACUAUUGUAUAUGUAUAAUGAAUUUGGCAGCAGCGAUGAUCCAUAUGAAAAAACUAUUGCUCUUUAUCUGUGAUCUUGUUGAGUAUAUCAGUCAAAAUGCAAUCCUGAAUA